CGACAAAACAUAACGGCUCAAAAUUUUAUGUUUAUUCCUCUUCCUCUUGUUCUUAUUGUCUCCUUUAACAAUUUUUCACCCAAUUGAAAGCCCAUUACAAAAUGGGGGUGAGUGGUAACUUUUGGGAUUUACUUAAACCCUACGCUCGAUUUCAAGAUUCUACUUUCGUCAGAAACAAAAGGGUUGCAAUUGAUUUGUCUUAUUGGAUUGUUCAACAUGAGACUGCUGUUAAAUCUCAUGUUCUCCAUCCCCAUUUGAGGCUCACUUUCUUUCGUACUGUCAAUCUUUUUUCCAGGUUUGGAGCCUUCCCUGUUUUCGUAGUAGAUGGAACGCCAUCCCCGCUAAAAUCUCAGGCGCGAAUUGCACGGUUCUUUCGAGGGUCAGGCAUUGAUAUCUCGAGUUUGCCCGUGGCAGAAGAGGGUGUUUCAGUUGAAAGAAAUCACAAAUUCAUGAAGUGUGUUGAAGAGUGCAUUGAGUUGAUUAAACUUCUUGGAAUGCCUGUUCUAAGAGCAAAAGGAGAGGCUGAAGCUCUGUGUGCCCAGUUGAACAAAGAAGGUCUGGUGGAUGCAUGUAUUACUGCUGAUAGUGAUGCAUUUCUGUUUGGGGCUAACUGUCUCAUAAAAUCCCUCAGGCCUAACACAAAAGAACCUUUUGAGUGCUACUAUAUGUCAGAUAUCGAAGCUGGCCUUGGCUUAAAGAGAGAACACUUGAUAGCUAUUUGUCUUCUGGUUGGAAAUGACUAUGAUUUAAAUGGUGUGGAAGGGAUUGGGCUCGAGACAGCACUUCGAUUUGUCAAGUCUUUCAGCGAGGAUGAGAUUUUGAAUAAAUUGCAGGAGAUAGGCAAGUAUACCGCUGAUUUUUGCUCCUUUGGUGGUUCUGUUCCCAGUUCAGAUGAGAAUUCAAGGAAGGCAAAAGGGCCCCUUCACUGCUCAUUAUGUGGGCAUCCAGGAAGCAAGAGCACACAUCUUAAGUUUCCUUGUGAAUAUUGUAAUUCGGAUCCUGCGGAAGGCUGCUUAGAGAAACCAGUGUCAUUCAAAUGUAACUGCUCCUCCUGUGAUAUGGAUAGGAAACACAAGCAACAGAAGAAGAAUGAAAAUUGGGAACUAAAAGUUUGUGAAAAGAUAUCCAGGGAGCCGAAUUUUCCAAAUGAAAAUAUUAUUGAAAUAUAUCUUUUCAGCAACCAGGAAACUGUUGAAGAUGCUGGUCAAAGUUUAUGUUGGGAAGCGCCAAAUGUAGAUGUGCUGGUUGAUUUUUUGAAUUAUCAUCAGAAGUGGGAACCUUCCUACACAAGGCAAAGAAUACUUCCAAUGCUGUCAACUAAUUUUCUCAGAGAAAUGGCGUCAAAUCCAACUGAUAAAUUGCUGCACGAACAGUUUGUAUUUGAUUCUAUCCACCGUGUGAAAAUAAAGUUUGGACAUCAGUUGUAUGUUGUCAAAUGGAAGAAAGCUACGCCUGCAGCAGGCAAUUCCACCUAUACGAUUAUAUCUGAAGACUCCGCUGAGUGUAUUCAUAUAAUUGAUGAACCUGACAUAACAGAAAUUCAGUUUAGUAGUAGUGAUGGAUGCUCAUUUAUGCUAACUGAUGAAGAUAUGGAGCUGGUUCGAGCAGCUUUUCCUGAAAAAGUUAAUCAAUUCUUAAGAGAAAAGGAACAAAAAGAGACUACAUCAAGAAGAAAAGAAACAGGGACAAGAUCUGAGGGAACUCCAGAACAUGCAGCAACAACAUCUUCAAAAUCUGUUCAGCUCAGCAUAAAGGAAUUCUAUCGCGCUUCAAAAUUACAAAAGCAGGAAAAGUUUGCAGAGAAUUCUUCCACAAUUUUGGAGGAUAACAAUAUAUUGUCUUCCAAGAGAAAAAGAGAUGCAUCAAACAAGAACCUUUCGAAGUCUGCAAGGCGCAAACUCCUUUUUGACUAGAAUGAGUAUCAUUCGCACCCUGUAAAUUACUCUUUUUUUUUUGCUAAAUGAACACUACCUUGUAAUUAUUAGUUCUUUGCAUGUUCUUUUCUUUUAUCACUUGCUUUCUUUAAAGCAAAAUGAGUUAUGGCAGCAGUUUCUCUGUUGUGUUUGAUAUCAUGUGACUGACAACCCCGCUAACAUGGUUUAUGUAGCAACUAGCAAGUAAUAGGAUCUAUUUGUUCUCAUA